GCGGCUGCGGGACUGGGGAGCCGGGACAUCCGGGCGUCCACGCCCCCUUGGGCUAGCCAACGGGGUCACCGCACGCGCACGCAGACGCAUACGCGCGUCCCCGCGCCGGACGCAGGCCUGGCGGGACCUUCCCACGACUCAGAGCGGGAAGGCGCAGCACGCGGCAGGCAAAGAGCGGCGCUCGGCCCCACCGCAGGGCCGGCGCAAGCCCUCCAGCGAAGGCGAGGGGCUCUGCCCACGUGUUCUGGCAGUCGCCACUGUGACCACUGCACGCUUGAGAGGGGCAGCGGCUGGGGGUCCGGUACCCCAAGGCUCCCUCUCGGACAGCUAGAGAAGGCUUUCUCACCGACGGUAGAAAGCCAGAGCCGUCAGGACAUGGGUCUGCAUUUGGAGGCCAGCUGCCCAGAGAACACUGUCUCUCUCUCUCUGGGUCCUUGAAUAUCUCCAACUGGAAUCAGGAUUUUGUUGGUAGAAGGUUUGGCUUGGAAACUUCCAUGAAGAGACUUUCUGCUACAGUGAGGUGAGAAGCCACCCAUGCACUCAAGCGUGGGAAUCUGGAGAGGUCUCAGGCACUUAUACCCCCAACAGAGGAAACUCACACAGCUGCAGGCUGAGGCAGGACUUAGCUCAGAGAGCCGUCUCCUCUGGGAAAUACUGGAUUUCCUUUGGCUCCAAAAUGCUGACAAGAGUGGAGUCCUUCUGGUGGAUUGACAAGCCUGGAGAAGAUACCACCUCGUUUGUUUAAAAGUUCAAGUCUGAGUUCCUGCCUUUCAGCUCUAUCAAAACUUCUUUAAAAAUAAAGGAAGUAUAGGGGAGAGGUUACUCCCCAGCAUUCUCAGGUAUCCAAAGCAUACCUAAGAAGCUGGCAGUCCGUUGCUUAUUCUGUUGCCGCCACGCAGUCUAAGCACUUUGGGAGCCAGAACCCAAGUUGUAAGAUUACGAUCGUCCACCCAACCAUGGAAGAAUUUGAAGAUUUCAGCAAAUAUAUUGUUGCCAUGGAGUGGCAAGGUGCACACCGGGCUGGCCUAGCCAAGGUAAUUCCACCGAAAGGAUGGAAAGGCAGACAGAUGUACGAUGAUACCGAUGACAUCUUAAUAGCCGCUCCCCUGCAGCAGGUGACCACUGGGCAGGCAGGUGUGUUUACUCAGCACCACAAAAAGAAGAAAGCCAUGACCGUGAGCGAGUAUCGCCGCUUAACAAACAGUGAAACACACCAGACUCCAUUCUACUCUAAUUUUGAGGAUCUGGAGCGAAAAUAUUGGAAAACACGCCCCUAUGGUUCACCAGUAUAUGGUGCGGACGUCAGUGGCUCCUUAUUCGAUGAAAACACAACGCAAUGGAGCCUUGGACACCUGGGAACCAUUCAGGACCUGCUGGAACAGGAGUGCGGAGUGGUCAUCGAGGGUGUCAACACCCCCUACCUUUACUUCGGCAUGUGGAAGACCGCCUUCGCCUGGCACGUGGAGGACAUGGAACUUUACAGCAUCAACUACCUGCACUUUGGGGAGCCCAAGACUUGGUAUGCGGUGCCCCUGGAGCACGGCCGGCGCCUGGAACGCCUGGCCAGGGAGCUUUUCCCGGGCAGCUCGCGGGGCUGUGAGGCCUUCCUGCGGCACAAGGUGGCUCUCAUCUCGCCCACGGUCCUCCAGGACAACGGCAUCCCCUUCGGUCGGGUCACUCAGGAGGCUGGAGAGUUCAUAGUGACGUUUCCCUAUGGCUACCACUCUGGCUUCAACCAUGGUUUUAACUGCGCAGAAGCCAUCAAUUUCGCCUACCUGCGCUGAAUCGAUUAUGGCAAAGUGGCAUCGCAGUGCAGCUGUGGGGAGGCCCAGGUCGCCUUCUCCAUGGACGCCUUCGUGCACAUCCUGCAACCGGAGCGCUACGAGCUGUGGAAACGCGGGCAGGACCAGACCGUUGUGGACCACACGCAGCCCACGGAGCCCAGCAGCCAGUUCCUGAACGCCUGGAGGGAGGUCCGCGCACCUGGGGCACCCACGCUCCGCCGGAGGCACUGUCCGUCCCGCAGCGCCUCGCACUGCCGUCCGCCAGUGGCCGCCUGCCAUGGGACCCGCUGUCGAGCCCCUGUGGAUCCUGCGUCCCCGACCCCCUUGCCGGCCCGGGGUUCUUGCUCUGCUGCCCAGUUCGGGGCUGCGGCUUCCUACAGCUCCGCGGAGCCUAGCCUGACUCCGCCGCUGACCGCAGGUCCAUCUGCUGCGGGUCUCCCCCUACCUGGACGAUACAGUCCUCGUCGUCGUCCUCGGGAAUAGGGGACUCAGGAUCCGACUGUCCAGGCCCGGACUAAGACGCGCUUGUCCUUAGACACAACACACCCAUCUCUGGACUUCGAAGCUCAGCUCCCGUUUGCCGGCGAUCCCUUGAUGGACAACCCUGCAUUGCUGAGCCCAUGGCUGCAGCAUCCUUCUAAGCCUUCCGGGUGCUGUUGCGCCCCUGAUCUUCAACCCUUGGGUCCUCCAUUGGAUCCCGAAAAUCCGAUGCACCCUGGCCCAUGCCUGCCAUCUCUGGAGGGUAUUACAUCCAGUGUCCUUGACAGCCUCCCUUUGAUUCCUCCCAACGUUCCUGGGACUGUGAGAGUGUUUCCCAGGGAUGAUGCUGGGAACUGCAGGGCCCCCGUGAACUUCUGUGAGAUUUUAAGUUUGGACCACUCUUAUGUCUCUAAGAGUCUUGUCCCAGCUGCAGAGACCAGUCUCCCGCACACCCUUGACUGUGAUACCCUGGGGCUAAAGCUAGAGGCACCUGCAUCUCUUGAGUCCUGCGAGGAAUUCCUCACCAAUGCAUGGUAUUCAAUCUGUGAGCCCAUGACUACUGAAGACUUUGCUAAAUGUGACUUUAUCUGACCCUCCACCCCAGAAACCACAGAAGCUCCCAGCCAAGCAACAAUCUGGGCUGGGCCUGUCCUCAGUGGAGAUGCUUUUAUCUCCUAGAAAUGACACAUUUCUCAAGCUGCAGAUGCUUUCUACCAUGACAACCAGGGCUCCUAGCAGCCUCUGAAGUGGACCUUCCCACGAGGACAGCUGCCAUAGAAUGUUGUACCUCUCAGGUAUUCUCAUCCCGCUGCUGAACUUUGAUGGUCCUUUGCUUGGAUGGUAUGGACACUGCUUGCUUCUGAUGGCAGGGAAUGGCCCAAACGUGGGGUUGCCUGGGCCCCUGGACACCAGCCGUGUACCUUGUUGCUUCAUCUUCUGGGCCCUGCAAACUAAGGACACUGCAUAGUGGCCAUCUUGCACCCCUCCUAAGGCACUGUAGCUGUACAGGCAAAAGAGCCUGCAUUUUCCACCACUUCUUUCUCUUCACCACAGACCAUAAAAAGCUAUAGUAGCAAGUUCACAGUGUGCUUCCAGCCUUAUGCAUUCCAGUAAGAUUUUUUCUUUUAAUUGCCCAUCUUCGUACAGCCUAAAAAUAUCGUCUUUUUUUUUUUAAAUAAAUGUAUUUAUUUUUGGUUGCAUUGGGUCUUUGUUGCUGCGUGUGGGCAUUCUAUAGUUGUAGCGAGCAGGGGGGCUACUCUUCAUUGUGGUGCGUGGGCUUA